UGUUUAAAUUCAACUUGUUGUUUGUGUGUUUAAAGUCGUUUAUUGUUCACAAAGUGCAGCAAAAACCAAACCUGAGCAAGAACAACAAACUAUAAUGACGCUGUCAUUUACUUGGACAGGGUACUUUACAAGUUAGCUUGUUUAAAAAAGUGAACUACAUUAAAAGUGGACCCAGGUGAAACGUGCAGUUUGUGUCCCUCUGGAUGUUGAACGUGCGGGCUCUGUUUGGGAUUGGUGUCCUGGUGACCUCUCGAGCCGCUGUGGUCCUCGCUCAGAGGGGGACAUGUCCUCUGUCCACCGCAGCUAACCACCACAAACAAGACUGUUUCAGCAGCAGAGCAGCUUCCACCAUGGCACAGACCAUCAAAUAUCUCGGGCAGGAGGAGGCCCAGCACAUCGACGAGGAGCUCUUCAGUGAAUACGGCUUCAGCGUGGACCAGCUGAUGGAGCUGGCUGGACUUAGCUGUGCCACGGCCAUCACACGGGCGUAUCCACUCACUUCCCUGGUCAAGGCUCGUCCUUCUCUGCUGGUGAUCUGUGGACCUGGUAACAACGGAGGAGACGGACUUGUCUGUGCUCGACACCUGAAGCUCUUUGGCUAUGAGCCGGCCAUCUUGUAUCCAAAGAGGCCAAACAAGCCUCUGUUCCAGGGCUUGACCACACAGUGUCAGAAAAUGGAGAUCCCUUUCUUGACUGAGAUGCCUGAGGCCAAAGUGGUCGACGAGGCUUACAACCUGGUGAUCGACGCCAUCUUCGGCUUCAGCUUCAAAGGCGCCGUGCGAGAACCUUUUGGCUCCAUCUUAGAUGUGCUGAAGAAAACCACAGUUCCCGUAGCGAGCGUCGACAUCCCAUCAGGUUGGGAUGUGGAGCAAGGAAGCGUUGACGGACUCCAGCCCGACAUGCUCAUCUCUCUGACCGCUCCCAAGAAGUCGGCCUCCCUGUUCAGGGGUCGAUACCACUUCCUCGGAGGUCGCUUUGUGCCUCCUGGCCUUGAGAGGAAGUAUGAGCUCAACCUGCCUCAGUAUCCCGGCACAGACUGUGUGCUGCAACUGUAACAGGACGUAGGUUUCACCGAGACGCGUCUGUGACUCACAAUAAUUCAGCGUUUUUGAAAAUAAUGCUUACCUACUUUAUUUACCAUCCAAUUUUGGCUCAAACAAGCAUUCUGUUUCCAUGUGGAGAAAGCCCAAGUCUCUUGGUUGUACAUUAAAUGAGGAGUUGGGAGUCAGACGGUGGUAAAAUGGUCACUAAAAACCCUGGUUUUGUGCUAAAUUAAGCCUUUAAAAACACUUUGCAGCGAUAAUUUCCCUCUGGACAGAAAUCAGAUAAGAUGAUUUACCUAAAUGUUGAGCUAUACCUUUAAAAUCUGUGAAUUUGAUUGGUUAUGGUUAUUUGGGUAAAUGGCUGUGAAAGUGUAUACAUUUAAAAAAGAAGGGUAUCAUAAAAAGCUUUCUAAUAUAAAAUUUCUUCACAUCAGAAUAUAAAAAGUUAAAAAAUA